ACAGUUUUGAUAGAAAAGGCAUUGAAUCUAUCUUCAACACUUUGUACGACAUAAUCAUCCUAGCUUCACCGUAACUAUGAUUUCCUGUCCUCGAUAUAUUUUCUUAUCGGUCACAACAUUAUCAUUAUGGGCAUCUCUUCAUGCUGAUGCCCCAACAGGAAUAUAUGGGAUACAAGAAAUUGUAGCAGAUUCUAUGCAUGAGAAUGAGAAUCAACUACUCACUGAAGCAUUCAUGGCUGACGAAUAUCUUAGAACCUUGAUGCCUCAACUGAUCACUGACCAACAAGUUUCCAAUUUGAAGUAUGUUCUGAGUCUGUACGCCGAAUGGUAUGUAGUAUGUGAAACUGAACCCUCAGUGAAAGACUUUGGUGAAACAUUCAUAGGAAAACUACUAACGAAUGACAUGUUGAAGGAUUUCAAAGCAAAUAUAGAGUUCAGAGAUGAGUUGUUUGAGAAAUUUCUUGUUUGUAUGAGGAAGGAGGAAAAAGUGUACAAGCUAUCGAAUUUAAUUGACAGAAUAGGUAAUGAUAGUCGUUAUAAUUCUACGCUCAGGGAUGCACUGAUGCAAAGAGUUCUUAUAAUUCAAAUGGUAAUGAGAAAACCACGUGGAGAGAAGGUUCUCUACAAUAAAUUACUGAGAGUUAUCUAUGAUGGACAAUUCGAUAUGAUUUUUGACAAAUACUUCGAAUGGAAGCAGCGUGCGUUGAGUGUGGCUAUGGAAUUGUUCACAAGUAUUGAUGAAUUCAAAAUAAAUUUGAAGAAUCUAAGCCCAUUGGAAGCUCCUCUGUUACUGUAAUCUCUGAGUUCCUUUUUUUUGAAUAAAUUCAUACAAU